GGCGGGUGGAGUUGAAAUGGUUUUAAUGUUUGGGUGUCGUCCCCCAUGGUCGCUAUCAACAACUGAUUGUUCAACCGGCAUUUCCAAGCGUGAUAGUUAGCUUGCUUCUUAACUGCCGUUUUAUUUUCCAAGCUAGUAACUUUAGUCUAUUAUCAUUCAAUUGGGAACACUUUUCUAGUCUCUUAGGAGCCAUUCGAUGUCUCUGUGUAAACCCAAAAUGAGCUUGCUAAAUUAGCAGUAGGCUAAAACUUACGAAGGUUGACAGCUAGAAUUAGUGUAGCCUACUUGACGAGCAGAGUUCGACAGAAUAAAAAUGAGUCUAUCAGCCAAGAAAAAAGGGAUAUCAAAUAAACGCCAUACUUCUAAAGAUACCAAACAAGCAAGUCAUGGGGUCCAGAGGAAGCACAUCGACUUCAGAAUCCUUGCUGAGAGGAAUCCAUCAACAAUGUCAGUAGGAGCAUGGGUGGAAAGUGUGCACGAAUGGCAGGAACAUCCAAACGACCUUGCUGUACACACAGAGGAGUUACAGACUGAGAUUCUCCGGAAGAAGGAACUUGAUUUGCUCAAAUUUCAAGAUGCUGUGCGCCGACGUGUGUCCCAACAAUCUCAAAUCCGUCAGAAACAACAGCUGCAGAGGUCAUAUGAAACGGUUGAGCAGGAUGGGAGAGUGCUGCAGCAAAGUAGCGCCGCUGCCCAGCGUCUCAGCCCCAGGAGAGGCCCACAGCUUCCCUGCCAGCCUGGAGAGUUGGCCAUCUGCUCUCCCAGAGCCCGCUGGGUAAGGGCACAGGAAGUGGAUGCAAGCAGUGAUGCCCACACCAACCAGCAAAGUCCGCAAGUCAGCAAAGUGGUGAAGCUGGUCCGGCACAGACUAGCUGCUUGUCAGACGGUCAAAGAGGGUGAUGAGGUGUCUGAACUACCUGGGGGGCUAUGGAAAGUGUCUCCUACAAGAGAUAAGCAGAGACCACAUAACUCAAGAGCAGAGGAGGAGGAUGAAGAAAACAAUACUAAUUCAGAGGAGGACGAGGAGAUCUCACUGAUGGGACAACAUGAUCACCCACUUUGUUUGCAGAAUCGUUCCUCAUCCAAGGAAAAUAAAGUCAAGAGCGUCAGUUUCCAGAAUACAGAGGCGUGUGAGAGAUUGCUGAGAGGAGCAUACCCGACUGGUCCACACCCUGGCUUUAGCACAGACUACCGAGCUUCAAAAGUGCUGUGGCCUUACCAAGACCAGGAGGAACUUAAAAAACAGAGGCAGUCCCAGUUCCUAACGUAUCGCCGCCUCUUCAUGGACAUCGAGAGGGAACAAGUAAAGGAGCACCAGCGCCACCGGAAACAUUUAAGAAGAAUAGCAAGAAUAAAAGCUGAUAAAGAGCGACAAAGACAAGAGGAAGAACAGAAGCUGGAGAGACUCAAGCAGCAAGAGGAGGAAAGGGAUGCACUUGCUGAAAGAGAACACCUGAUUCUGGAGCGUCUCAGACUGGAGGAAGAGGAGAGGGCCAAGACUGUGAAGAGCAAAGAAAAAGCACAGAAAAGCAGAGAGGCCACAAGGUACAUUGAGGCCCUGAGGGCGCAGAUGAGGGAGAGGAUAACGCAGGAGAAAGUGGACCUGCCUGCCCUGUGCUGCUGCGGAGACAGCUUCUGGGACUCCCACCCAGACAACUGCGCUAACAACUGUGUUUUCUACAAAAACCCUAAAGCCUAUGCUCAGGCCCUGCAGUCCGUGCUGCUGAGCUGUGACCAGAGGGAGGGCAACGCCAGCCACCACGCUUCCACCCGCCAGGUGGCCACCAGGUACGCCCAGUCCCCGAAGAAGUGAUGGGAUUUGACCUCUGUUCAUGAAUAAACCAGUUGAAGCCAGGUCAUUCAUACAUGAAGCCAGGCCAUUUCAGAUGGGUUGUGAAGUGAAGUGAAGUGAAACACUAUGAGGAAGACACUGGAUUUGUUUUCUUUGUAAGAAAAGAGACUUCUUGAACACACACAUUUGAUUUUGGAUUGUAUGUGUAUGAUGUAUGAGAGCACCUUUUCUGUAAGUAUGUGAAGGUUAGGUGUGAAAUGCUUUUGCUGCAUCAGGGCAUACAGAUUUGAUUACCUGUAUGAAUAUAUUCCAAAUUGUUCCUCUCAAUGAGUUUGUUGUACUGUGAGGUCACAUUCAAGCCCAGCAAACGUGACAAACCUGUACUUGGCACACUGUCUGAUGUAAACAUACUCAAAUCUUAUCAGCAGAAGCUGAUGUGUGGCACUGAGGGUUACAGUACGUAUGUAACCUGACAAACCAAUCAUUUUUAGUUGUGCUGUGAUGAAGGGUAGAUUGUUUACAUGUUGAUGACACAAAGCCAUUGCUACAUUCAGGGGUCACUCCUGUGCUACUCAGAUGCACAAGGUCUUCCUUUAAGGAGUACUUUUGUCAUGUUUCCUGUUUGUCAAGUGUCAUUUUAUGUGUGUCAUUAUUGUGAAAUAAAUGUUUCCCUCUACCUGUA